UUGUGUAAGGUAGAUAUGGCAGCUUUCUAUGUCAGAGCAAGGAGAGUUUGUGCUCGGUUUGUGGCUUACAGUAAGGCUUGCAAUGGGCAAGCCCUUGCACUACAGCCUGGUACCAGGUUCUACGGGCAAGGCAGAGGUUUGCAGGAGAAGUUACCAGGAGGUCUGAAAGUUGGUAAAACUGCCCUGAGUGUUGCAUUUGUGCUGGGUGGGACCUUAGGGUUGUACCACACUGUCAGGUACUACCUGCAGCAAGAGCUGCAUCGUGCUGAGCAGCAAUACCCGAAGCAGGCACCCAGUGCUGGCCUCUCACUCACAUUGUACCAGUAUAAGACUUGUCCAUUCUGCAGCAAAGUCCGAGCGUUCCUUGAUUUCCACUCGCUGCCCUAUGAGAUUGUAGAAGUCAACCCGGUCUUGCGCAAGGAGAUCAAAUUUUCCAACUACCGAAAGGUUCCGAUUUUGAUCGGGGAUGAUGGAGAGAAAGUGCAAAUCAAUGAUUCCUCAGUUAUCAUCAGUGCUAUAAAGACAUAUUUACUUUCAAGGCACAGAAACCUUACUCGGGUGAUAUCGUACUAUCCAGAGAUGAAAUCCAAAAACGAGAAGGGGAAGGAGGUGGUUGAAUAUAACAACAAGUAUUGGGUGAUGCUGGAGGAACAGGAUGAAAAUCAAUUCUAUCCCACCAAGGAGGCCAGAAAGUAUGUAAACCUGGAAUGUACUUAA